GUGAAGUACCCAGACCAGCAGAGCCAGCUUGUGACCCCACCAUCAUCAGCCUGGACAAGAAUCACCAGCCUCAAACAUCGGCUGGAGACAGAAGCUGUCAUGUCUCAUGCUCUGUGGUCAGAGUCAUGCAGUGUGGAGAUCUCUCUAGUGAUGGAACCACGUGGCCAGGCCAGACUUGUUAAGAAACAGGAGAUGGUUGAGUUGGUCAAGCCAGUGAGAAUCUUAGUUUCUACCAAGUCACACAAGUUCUAG